GUAUACUGCUCUCGAUUCACCGUCUAUCGGAGACCUCGCUAUCGCUGGCUCGUUGAUGCGUGAGUUAGAUAUUCGUGUUCCCGAUUUUAUCAUCCCAGACGGGAUGAUCCGCCUAUUUUACGAACGCGCAAAGCGAUUGGAAAAAGGUUCUAUUGCUGAACUACUCUACAAACACACUCAGUUGCCCCCUGUAUUGGAGCGCGUCCAAUAUCCGCCGCCUCGAGGCCCUACCUUGACUUGGUUCAUGGACCAUCUCACCACGGGCAGCAGAAAUAUGCAUCUCGCCCGCCUGCUCGCGAAACAAGUCGUCGAUGGGUUCGAGCUCAUCCCUGUGCAAGAUCGCGCGAGCUUUAUAAUUCUAACUGCCGCUCACGGUUUUGCUGUACAAGCGAGAGCGCUGUGGGAAAGAUAUGCCCAGGGAAGAGACCGCGAUGUCGUCGUGGGCAAUGCGGCUGCUAUGAUACGUGUGGUCAGCCUUUUCUCAGAUUUGAUCUCACGCACCAGGAAAAAGGUGGAUAACAUGGAGGUGGGGAAAGAUGAUGAGGCUGAAGGAGUCGAGAGUCUGAACCGGGAAUACUACGAACAACAGUUGGACGUAUUUAGCGAGUUCGCUUUCCGUGUACUUGGGGAGUUUCGUCAGUCCAUUGAACCCUUGGAGGAUGCAGACCACUAUCAUUUAACGGCAUUGGCACGGGCAUAUUUUGUGCUUGGGCGUGUCUCGGACGGUUUUGACACGUUCAAAGUUAUAUUGGACCGUAAGGAGGUACCCGACACACAUGACAUCAAUGUUGCAUUAUCAGCGAUGGCAGAAUAUUCACCCAGGAAUGCAGCAGGGAUGAUUGAACGGAUGAUAGAGAGAGGCGUGUCCCCUGAUGCUGUAACGUUUGGGACGGUGCUUCAUCACUCCGUUGUUCACGGCGAUAUGGAUCUGGUAUGCAGCCUGAUCAACCGGGCUCAAGAACUGGACCGCGGAGAACUGUCACUGAAAGCUGUGGCUGCGCUGAUCAGAGCGAGUGUCAAAAUGGAAGACGAGGACAAGGGAACGCUGAAGACGAAUCUGCGCCGGGCAAUGGGCAUCAUACGGUCGAUGAAGGACAUGGAGAUCGUGUGCACGCCGAAUACGGGGAAAUACUGUAUAUUUGCGUCGCUGCACGUUGAUGAACCUGUGAUGGCAUUCAAGUUUUGGGACAUGCUGGUGAAGGCGAAGACGGAGUGGGAUGAUAGGGAGCAGUCGUUCCAGCGGCGGCUGAUAGCGUCGAUGAUUCGCAGACACUAUCAGGCAGGGUGGCUGAGUCGUGACCGUGGAAUGCUGAUGCUUGGACGGCUGAGGGAGAAGCCAGGACGGGCGAUGAUAGAGCGGACAGAAUAGUAGGAUAGGAUAGACUAGAAUACGUCUCACACUUAAUUAUCGACAUGAUGCUACAGAGAACAAGGCUCGGUUAGAUUUGGAGAUCAUGAAUUUUAUUUUAUUUACCGGU